AAGAGGCAGAAAGUUAGGAGAAGGCGGUGGUCGCUCAGAGAUAUUUAUUCUUUGGCGUUGUUUUUUUUGUGUUUAAUUUGGUGAUGAAAGCCAUUAGCAAACAGCAGGAAGUGACAGUGGGUAGUAGGAGUGUUGCUGGGGUGAGUUGGUGCUCUGCUACCUGUUGACAAGGUUGCACUAACGAGCAUCUGUGCAGCUGGGCACCUCUGGGAGGGCUGGGCUCAGGACUCAUUAACUUCAGUUCCCAUAAUCAUGCUCAUAAAAAAUAAUACAUGAUAAGAAUUCGCUCAAAUCAAUUAUGUUUGACUGGGUUUUUUUCCCACUCCCUUAAUGUCCAGGCUAACUCACAGGUUUAGCUCAGUUUCAGGAUCAGGCAAAAGUUUUGUUUUUCACAGGCAGCCAGAGAGCAUUUUAAUUUUCUAGGAUUUGGACCAGUGACUUGCCCAAAUGGUAGUGUAGUCAGGAUUUGGGGCCACUGUGAAUUACUAUGAUACAGCGAUUCUGCUUUUUAAGGUAAAAAUGGUGUCUGAAAACUGGAGCUGGGCCCUGACCUGACAGGGGACAGUGACUGCAGAAUUUGUGGGCUGCAUUCCACACGUCUUUCUGGGCACAUUUCCUAUGGAAAGAAACAUCAGUGGCUUUGCCACAAACAAACUUCCUUUUCCCUGGCAUGUUUGGGCUGAAGCAAAAAUGAGAAAGUGCAUAUAUUACACACACACUGUUUAAAACUUUAUAUGGAUGCUGACAAAUUAUCAGAGGUGUUAAGUGCAUUGUAGUCUGAAUGCCAAAUGUAUUCCCAGCUCACAGAGAGGCCUCAGAGGCUUUGCUUAUACUGGCCAGAGAAUUCCUGGACUGCGAGUUGAGUUAAAGGCUGCUCUUCAGCAGCAACAUGGAUCUUACUAAAUCAAUUUCUGCAGCACUACAGCCAGUUAGCGUGGAAGGUCAUCUUUUGUCUGGGACAUUUCUGUAGGAGAUCUGACUGGAGGGAGGAGCAAGAAAAGCAGAUCCCUAAAAAACAGUGCAGUCUGAUUCCUUUCUAUGUCAUAUUUGAAAGAGCUCCAACUGCUAAGUCAGGGUGAAUAAAUUAACUACCUGUGAUAGCACAGCAGUCUGCUGGAGAUGUGGAUAUCGCAAAUAUAUCAUAUGGAAAGUUAAAUGCAAACACUAUCUGAUAAAUAGGAAACCUGCACAUGCCAAAAUGCUGAUGCUUUUGAUAGCACAUUAGUCCCAGAAAACACAGGUAAAAUGUCUAAAUGUGUAAAAUGUUUGAAAUAUCCUUCCUUUUACUGCUUACUUGGGACAGGGGCAAAAGGUCAGUUGAGGCAAAUUUGAGGAUUUCUUUAAACUUCACUUAAAGGUCCUGGGCUAUAAUUUGUAAAGGUGCCUGAGAAAGUUAGAAAAUUAACCUGAUUUUUUUUUUUUUCAUGUAGCUGAGGAAAGACUCAAUCUUUAAUGCUUAAAAAAAUCUUUACUUUUGCAAAAGUCUGGCUAAGAAAUGGAUUUAGUUGAUUCUUUCUGUAUGUUAGAACAUUUCUUAAACCAAAUAUUAACCCUGAUAUCAUCAAGGCCCAUAAAUCUUAGAAACCUCUGUCCCUGCUGUUUGACUGCUGAAGACUGUUCAAGGAGUUUAAAUAGAUUUCCUUUUCAGUAGACUAAGUCCAAGAUUCCUUAAAAGAAAAUAAAAACAUAGGCUGAAAAUCUUGGUCUUGAAAUUUAACCAACCAAGCAUGAAUAUGAAAAAAUGUAGUGUAAAGGUCAGUAUUGUUGGCAAUAGACAUGAGUAUUUUGCAAGUUUGGCAGUUCUGGCAAUCUGUAAUUCCUGCAAAAAGUGCUGCAGGUAGAAGGCAAAUGUUUUAAGGGUGCAGUUGGUUCUUUUCAUUAGCUGAGUUGUUGUUUUUCUCCGUGCUAUUGAAAAUGUCACAAUUCCAUGCAGUGAUGUUUGUGUUCAUUUAUAGACAUGAACAAAACACAAGCCUUUUGUCUUCUGAACUUUCCCUGAGCAAUCUUCUCUACUCCAUCAGUUUGACCUGCUCCUCCUCUGCUGAUUUAAGUCAUCAGAAUCUUCCAGACCACUAAGCACAUGCACUGCCCAGUUUUCCUGUGCUCAGUACCCUGCCUCUGGCAGCUGAUCUGUCCCCUAGGUAGCCGUGCUGUGGCAGAGGUGCUGCGGUGCCAACACUGCCUUUGUCGUGUUCAGAAAUGAGCUGCACGAUUGAGAAGGCGCUGGCGGACGCGAAGGCGCUGGUGGAGCGGCUGAGGGAGCACGACAGCGCGGCCGAGGCGCUCAUCGAACAGACCACGGCGCUCAACAAGCGGGUGGAAGCCAUGAAACAGUACCAGGAAGAAAUCCAAGAGCUCAAUGAAGUAGCAAGACAUCGCCCUCGGUCCACUCUAGUGAUGGGUAUCCAGCAGGAAAACAGACAGAUUAGGGAAUUGCAACAGGAAAACAAAGAACUGCGCACAUCUCUUGAAGAGCACCAGUCUGCUCUGGAACUCAUCAUGAGCAAGUACAGAGAACAGAUGUUCAGGUUGCUUAUGGCGAGCAAAAAGGAUGAUCCAAGUAUAAUAAUGAAGUUAAAAGAGCAACAUUCCAAGGAGCUGCAAGUGCACGUGGACCAAAUUACAGAGAUGGCAGCGGUAAUGAGAAAAGCCAUUGAGGUGGAUGAAAGGCACGGCUGCAAAGAGCAGGAGCGCAUCACCCAGCUCGAGCAAGAAAACAAAGGCUUGAGAGAAAUUCUUCAAAUCACUAAAGAAUCUUUUUUGAACCUCAAGAAAGAGGAUGCAUCAGAGAGCACAUCCCUGUCAGGAUUAGUGACAAGCAGUGAUCUGAGCCUGAGGAAAAGCUAAGGACUCUGGGAAUCAUCAAGCUUCAGUUGCACAUUUAAACCAAUGGAGCAUCAGGGGGCACUGGUCAAGCACUUGUUACUGAAUAGGGCAUCAGCAAGAGAAUGCAUCCAACUCCAGCUCAGUGGCUUUUAUACUGUAUAACAUAAAUUCAGCUGGUAUUCUGCACUACCCUCAGUGACAGAUUGAUUGCUAUAGAUCUGACCUCAGUAGGAAAUGGAUUAAUGCACUUGCUGAAUUGCAAAUUCUUUUUAUAUGAACUUGUUUUACAGAUAAAAGGUGAGAUUUCAAGUAAUUUAUAUAAAUUAUUGGUCAUACAAAGUUCAGUGCAACUCUUAGAUAAUAAAGGUAAAAUUUCAAGUCUAAUCUCUGCCUUAGAAAAUAGUAACUUAUGAAUAUGCUUUGUGCAUGAUCCACAUAGCAUUUUUUCAUUUUGUUUUGGUUUUAAUAAAUUCUCAUUUUGCAACAAACCUCUUUGAUAGGCAAGGAACACAGGCAGCAUAAAAUUUAAGGAUUUCUGUCACUUAGCCUUAGGGUAUCACUUUCAAGGCCAAUUUUUAAACACAAGGAAUGCUGUCAAUCAAUAGUUUGGAGUUUUUAAAUGAAAAAAGAUUCUUUCAAAUAUGUGCACUGAAUUGUAUUGUGAGAACAUGGAAAGAGCUGUUCCCACUUUGUUGUUCUCAGGAACACAGGUAGCAAUACAAUUCUGCCUCAUCUUUUACCUUUAAGAGAGGAAAUCCAGCUCAGUUCUCAGUCAGUAAGAAGCCACAUGAGUCCCAUGUCUUCUCCAGUUAUCUGCCCAAACUUCCUAAGUGAGGAAUGGCAACUGGAAAGCACAAAAGCAGUGGAAGCAGAAAGGGGGGAUGGAGGAGGGAGGAAGCAGCUUUGUGGCAGAGUUGGCAGCAAUUAAUACUUUUAAUUUUAUUUUCCCUGGUACUAACUAGUCAUCAAGAAGGUUUUAAAGUGAGUUAAGCAGAGUGAAAGCUGUCAGCUACAGAAAACUGUGGCACUACAGCUGCCACCCACAGUUUCACAUUCUGGCUGUUCAAUAACCCACCAAGCAACACGAGCUGAGCUAUCCUGAAAUCAGCCACCACUUAGUCAAGUUUGAUUUUCAGUGAUGACAACACAGAAGUAACUAAGCAUCCAACACUUCAAAGCGUGCCAGCUUCAAUACAGCUUCCUGUGCCCCAGCACAGCUUCCCUGAGCUCUAGGUAAAUGUUCCACAGGCCUAAGGGGGAACUUUCAGUGGCACUGAACAGACGUUGGAACAGCAUAGUACCUUUGUUCUGUUCUCUCUGAACAGAGAACUGCUCCUUCCUGUAGUGCUUUUAAGAGGAAAUAAGUGAGAAAGGAGCAUUAGCAGGCAGUAAAUGCUUUUUCAGUGAACUAAUAACACGUGCUGAAAGGACAGGUAAAUCGGGUCUCCACAUUCUCGGUGCCUGCUUUAGAAGUGGAGAAGCUGCUGCUUCUCUGCAGAGCACCUUGGCUUCCUGCUAGGCUUAAGAACACACUGAGGACAUUUACAUACCUGGAAAAAAGUUACAGCCAUUUCCAGACCUGUGAAACAGCUGAGGGGAAAUUCUGGGGGAACAUUUUAGCUCAAGCUCAAAACAUUCUUGUCUGCUUUUAUAUUAUCUGUAAAACCUUGCCAAUGCUUCUCUAAUUCAGAUUUUGCAUUUUUGCUGUGGCUUGCAAGCUGCUGACUUACCAGAAGAAACACCUUUUAUCAGUGGAGUGUUCUAUUGUUGCAAAUUUACAAGGAAUUUUAGCUUCAGUUGUUCUUGUUUCUAGAAGCAUCUUUUCAGCCAUGCACUGGUGUCAAGAGGCAUUUCUGUCCAUUUGAUGCUGAAUUCAGUUUAGUGGCUGACUUCUGGUUUGGCUUCUGAAUACAGGAGAGGGUUGUUGGUCUGUGGCAGUACUUUGAGGUUGCUCUAUUAUGAAAUAAUGCUUGAUUAGUGUUUAUUUUUGUAAAUUUAAAAAAAAAUGUGACUUAAUUUAUCUACUCCUAGUCUUCACAUUUGAUACGUCUCCCCUUCCAUUCCCCUACCCUGAUCACUUUAGGAUUUUAAAGAGCCUUCACAGUGUGUGGAGUGACUAUUUUUCAUUGCAUACCUGUUAUUUUUGUAAUGCAGAUGGCUUGAGAAGGAUUUAUGGCUAGAAUUGUGUACUGUACAGUAAACUUAUUUUAUCAAUAAAGUUGACUGAAAACA